AUGCCUGCCAACCAUGUAAUCCUCGCCUCGGGCGCGGUCGUUGCCGUCUCGGCCGUCAUCGCGACCGCCAUCGCCAUCUACGAGUCCCCCGAGCUGCGCCGCUACACCGAUGACGUCCGCCGCCGCAUCGCCAUGGCCCUACAGUCCCUCGGCGACGGCAUCAACCCGCCCGACCGCGAGCCCAUGUUUAACAGACCAGAAGACGCCGAGGGCUUCCUCGAGUCGAGGCGCGGCGCUGGUGCCGAGCCCGGUGUCGACGCUGACGAGGCCACCCGCCGCAGCCAGCGCGAGGAGCUGAUGUACUGGAACUCGGUCAAGCUGCAGAAGCAGCUGGAGCAGGAACUCACCAAGCAUGCCGAAAAGGAAGACGGCUCUGCUACCCCUGCUGCCAUAGAAGCUCGCCCGGCUGCUGCCAGGGUCACGUCGUUUGAUGAUUUUCUGAAGCCGGCAAACAGCGAGGACACCGGCGCUUACGUGGUCAGCGGCGCCCAGGCAAACGAGGGCGCCGGCCAGCUGCGACACCGUGGCGAUGGCGCUCGCGGCUUCUCUGCCGCUGCCGUCUACUCGAAUCCUUUCAGUGACGAGAACCACAUUGAUCCGGAAGAAUUUGGCAACAUGGGCAUCGGCACCGGCCGGUCGGUGCACGAGAGCCACAGCGACAUUUACAGCGCCACCACCCGCGAGGAAGAUCGCCAGACAGCCACGACUGCCACCAUGGAGGCCGAAUCACCGUCACUCAUCGACUUUGGCACCGAGAGCCUACCACACCCUGCUGCUGUGCAGAGAGAGCUCCAUCAGCAUGCGCUCCCUGCCAGCGCGGUCCCAGAGGAAGCCUACGCUUCGAUCCAGGCCUGGGCGCGUGACUCGGGCUUCUACUCCCCGCUGCCUAUCACCCCCGCCGCUCCCGUCUCUGAGGUUGAAGUUUUCAGUGAUGGCGAGCUGACCCCGACCGACUCGGUUUCCGUCGUGGGCUCUGGCGAGCACAUUGCCAAGGAGGAGGUUUCCUCCCGUGCCGGCGACAGUGGCAAUCCAUACGACGUCAUGAGCGAAACGGACGGCAUGCUGACUCCUGCCAGCUGGUCCGAGGUGGGCAGCCAGAUUAGCGAAAGCGAGCACCCUCAGGCCCAGCACGCAUAA